AUGCCUCUUGUUGAUUAUGACGAUUCUGGUACUGACUCUUCUGCAAGUGAGAAAGAUGAUGAGUACUCACUAAUUAAGGAUAAAAUUAUUGGCGGAGAAAUGACAUUGGAUCUCGCUGUAGGGUCUUCUGAUGAAUCAUCAGCGGAUGAGGCGCCUGUAAAAAUUACCAGGACAUCCGCUAGCGGCAUUCUCUCUAAUCCUUUCGUGGAAUCUGUAGAAUCAAGUGAAUUUCUUGUAUUUGAGACACCAUAUCACAAGGAAACGACUGAAAAACGUACUUUACUUGAGCGGCACGUUCAAUUGACUGAUAUGGAAAAAGCAAGAUAG